CCGGUUCCUGACUUGAUUACCAGUCUACUAUCGCUGGACCCUCUCUCUGUUUCUCUCUCUACAUUUGUGUGGUGCCGUAUGUCUCUUUCUCUCUCUACAUUUCUGUGGUGCGGGCAACUACCUCCAUUAAUGCCAGCAAUCAACCAAUCUACAUCCAAAUCAAUACACUCCAUGUGCCAACUGUUGUGAUCUCUCUCUCUAGAACUCAGCUCAAGCACCAAAUUCAUUUCAGGCAAAGUCUCAUUUUCUUCUGAAAAUGGGAUGCUUAGGUGGGCGGCAUUCCCUCUAUACUUACUGAGAAAAACUUACAUUUUCCACUAAGAAAGGCUACUUAGCUUGGCUGCUAACUCUCUCUAAACUCAUUGCAGAGGAUCUCUUAGUUUCAAUUGAAACCAGAAGCAUUUGGGAACUCUCUCUCUCUCUCUCUGCUUCAGAAUACCACUGAAUCCAAAAACCCACUAACAGAGUAGUCUGCAUGCUUCUCUCUUUCCCUUCUAAACCUCAUUACAGAAGCCUUACAACUCUCUCUCUCUCUCUCUCUCUUCUCUUUCUCUUCUCUCUCUCUCUCUAAAUCAACUCUGUUCCUGCAAAAACUCACGCAUGGCACCUUUCCUUGCAGUGGUCUUGCUUCUGUUUUCAUGGGUUUUCUUCUUUCCCAUUUCGCAGCCACUACCGUCCUCUCAAACCCAAAUCCUUCAGCAGCUGAGGAGGCAUCUUGAAUACCCACAAGCAUUGAAUGCCUGGAACAUCACUACUGAUCUCUGCUACUCGCCUUCCUCGUCAAAGGUAAGCAUUGUCUGCAAAGAUGACUCAGUCAUCGAACUCAGAAUUGUUGGCGAAAAACCAGUAAAGUAUGUGGAGUUUGAUGGCUUCCCAAUCUCUGGCCAGACCCUAUCAGACCAGUUCUCAAUGGAUUCUUUCAUCAUUACUCUGUGUAGGCUUAACAGCUUGAGGGUGGUGAGCAUGGUUUCUUUGGGGAUUUGGGGUCCUCUCUCUGACAAGAUUCAUAGGCUUAGUUCGAUCGAAAUUCUUGAUUUUGGGUCGAAUUUCUUGUUUGGUAGUGUUCCUCAGAAGAUUUCCAACAUGGAAAGAAUCCAAACUUUGAAACUUGACAACAAUUUCUUUAAUGAUACCCUGCCCAAUUGGUUCGAUUCAUUUCAGAACUUAUCGGUAUUGAGUUUGAACAAGAAUAGGUUUAAGGGACCAGUGCCUCCUUCCAUGGCCAAAAUCAAGACUCUUCAAGUCCUUGCAUUGUCAGAGAACAGUCUUUCAGGCAAUUUGCCCGAAUUAAAAGGUUUAACAGGGCUUCAAUCUCUUGAUUUGAGGGGUAACAGAUUGGGGCCUCACUUACCAGAGCUUCCUGCUGGGGUAAUCACUGUUCUUUUGAGUAAGAAUCUGUUUUCGAGUGAGGUCCCUCCAGAAUAUGGUGAGUUAGACAAUCUCCAACAUCUUGACCUCUCAUUCAAUUUCGUUGAUGGGGUUCCACCACCUAUGAUUUUCUCAUUGCCCAAUAUCACUUACGUGAAUCUCGCUUCAAAUUCUCUCAGUGGAGCUCUCCCUGGUUCUCUGAGAUGCAGUAGCUCACUUGGAUUUGUUGAUGUAUCUUCAAAUCGAUUGAGUGGAGCUUUGCCCUCUUGCUUGGGCUCAGAGGCAGAGAAAAGGGUGGUCAAGUUUGCUGGGAACUGUUUAUAUGUAAAUUCUCAGCACCAGCACCAGGCUUCUUAUUGUCAAGGCUUUGGCAAAUCAACUGAACAAACUGUGGUUAUAAGCUUAGGUAUAUUAAUUGGCAUCAUUGGAGGGAUUGCUCUAUUUCUUCUUGUGCUUGUUUUUGUGGCCCUGAUUCUCUGCAAAAGAUGCUGUAAAAGAGAGAUAUCAGAGCAGAAUCUAAUCCCAAAGACAACAACUGAAAACUCUCCGACAGGUUUCUCCACUGAGCUGCUCGCUAAUGCAACAGGAUUUAUAUCUCAAACAAUGAAACUUGGUGCCCAGGGAUUGCCUGUGUACCGAUCGUUUUUGUUAGAAGAGUUAGAAGAGGCGACAAGGAACUUUGAUCAUUCAACUUAUUUAGGUGAAGGAUCUAUUGGGAAGCUUUACAAGGGAAGUUUGGAGAAUGGUACUUACGUUGUCAUACGCUGUUUAGAAUUGUCUAAAAGAUAUUCUAUUCGAAAUCUCAAACUCCGGCUGGAUUUACUUUCGAAGCUUCGGCAUCCCAAUUUGGUAUGUCUCUUGGGGCAUUGCCUCGACAGUGUGCAUGAUCCCUAUGGUGUUAAGCAGGUUUUUCUCGUCUAUGAAUACAUACCCAGUGGAAAUCUUCAAACUCAUCUUUCAGGGUAUAUUCCAGAGAAAUCUUUAUCUUGGCCAGCAAGACUGAAUAUUUUGGUCGGUGUUGCAAAGGCGGUACACUUCCUACACACACGAGUAAUUCCUGGUUUCUUCAACAAUCGAUUGAAAGUUCAUAAUAUUUUUCUUGAUGAGCAUGCUACUGCAAAAUUGAGUGACUAUGGACUAGCAAUCAUUACUGAAGAAAUUGAAAAACAUGAGGGAAGGAUAGAAAGCCAAAAGUCUGUCCAUGUGGAUCCCAGAUCAUGUAUGAGGAAGAAUACAAAUCUUGAGGAUGACAUUUAUGGCUUCGGCUUCAUACUUCUUAAAGUACUUGUUGGACCCACUACAAUUGAGAGAGAACAUGCAUCCUUGCUGAAUGAAAUGGCUAGAUCGUUCAGCAGUAGUGAUGAAAGGAAACGCAUAGUGGACCCAAUUGUUCUCGGUACUUCUGGACAAGAAUCGUUAUCUGUUGUAAUCUCCAUAACUAACAGAUGCCUCUCUCCAGAGCCAUCAGCACGUCCCUCCAUUGAAGACAUUCUUUGGAACUUGCAGUAUGCGGCACAAGUCCAGGCCACUGCCGAUGGUGAUAGAAGGUCCGAAGACAGUUCAUGUACAUAAAAGUGCACAUUAACAUCAAAUGCAAAUUGCAAAACUGGUUCCUUUCUCAUACUAUUUGAGUUUCACUGAGUUUUACUCUCCUUAGCAUGAUCCAGAAUUUACGGCACCUGGAUUGUUGAAACGGAGUAGUUACACAAAGAUCAUUUGACAUAUUGCCACUUGAUCCACCUGCAUGCUUAUGUGGUCUUUGAUCAGGUGACGGGUAGUGUAAUUCGUAUAUAUGGUGCCAUCUUGUUUAUAUAAUGCUGAUUCUAGCCACUUUUGUGUUUGUAAAACUGUUAUAUAUGGUGUUUAAUGAUUUUGAUUCUUUA